GCACCGUCACAUACACAGGCGGUUGAUGACAGACGGGGAGGGGGAAGCGGAGAGAAGUGUGCCCCGGAUCCAUCUUCAAGACAGAAAACAGGGAAAGAAAGACCGCGUCCCACUUCUAUUUCGUUUUUAGCGGCAUCUUUCCCACUCACAGGCGUCAGGGAGCCCGAGGAGGGGGCUGUGUCAUUGUCUAUAGGAUGUCCCGACAUGAAGGUGUGAGCUGUGAUGCGUGUUUAAAAGGGAACUUCAGAGGGCGCCGAUACAAGUGUUUAAUUUGCUACGACUACGACCUUUGUGCAUCUUGCUACGAAAGUGGAGCUACAACAACUAGACAUACCACGGAGCACCCAAUGCAGUGCAUACUAACCAGGGUAGACUUUGAUUUGUAUUAUGGGGGAGAGGCAUUCUCAGUAGAGCAGCCUCAGUCGUUUACUUGUCCUUACUGUGGUAAAAUGGGCUACACAGAAACAUCUCUACAGGAGCACGUCACCUCAGAGCACGCAGAGACCUCUACAGAAGUGAUUUGCCCAAUCUGUGCCGCUUUGCCUGGUGGUGACCCCAAUCAUGUGACCGAUGACUUUGCUGCUCAUCUCACACUUGAACACAGAGCACCUAGAGAUUUAGAUGAGAGCAGUGGCGUGCGACACGUGCGCCGGAUGUUCCACCCUGGGCGGGGGCUGGGUGGUCCGCGGGCACGCAGGACAAACAUGCACUUUACUAGCAGCUCUACCGGUGGUCUCUCCUCUUCACAAAGCUCCUCCUACUCACCAAGCAAUAGGGAAGCAAUGGACCCCAUAGCAGAGUUGCUCUCUCAGCUGUCGGGUGUGCGUCGCUCUGCAGGAGGGCAGCUCAACUCUUCAGGCCCCUCGGCCUCGCAGCUGCAGCAAUUGCAGAUGCAGCUUCAGCUGGAGCGUCAGCAGGCUCAGGCAGCACGUCAGCAGCUGGAGACUGCUCGCAACACCACGCGCCAGCGCAGCAACCCUAGCAACAUCAGCGCCAGCAUCCCGCCGCCUAACACCACCACAAACACAGCCAUGACUGAGAGCAACCCGCUGGCCUCGCACAGCUCCCAGUUCCUUCUCACACGGUUGAACGAACCGAAAAUGUCGGAGGCGGAACGACAGGCGCUGGAGAGCGAGCGCGCCGACCGCAGCCUGUUCGUGCAGGAGCUGCUGCUGUCCACGCUAAUGCGAGAGGAGAGCUCAUCCUCCGACGAGGACGAAAGGCGAGACUUUGCUGACUUCGGCGCCAUGGGCUGCGUGGAUAUCAUGCCUUUAGAUGUGGCUCUGGAGAGCCUCAACCUGAAGGAGAGCUCCAGAGGCAAAGAGCCUCCACCGCCGCCUCUUUGAUGAUAUCCCACCACCACGCAGACAAUGUCCUCUGUGCUGUAACUGCCAAUGACGGUGGGCAAAACACAGCACUCUCUAAUGUCCCCCCCCUUUUUUCUUUUUUUUUGGUGAUUGUAAUUUCAGGUCUGUCACUUUUGUUACAUUGUAUAAAUCCAUAAAAGGAGAGCGCGAGGUGAAAAAAAAUAUAUCAAAACACAUCAGAACAGGCGUGUGUGAGAGAGAGAGCGCGAAAAAGAGAGAUAUGUAUGUAUGUAUGUUGAUAAUUCCACAUAACUAAUUUUUCUCCAUUAGCAGGUGAGCAUAGGUAUCUGUGGCAGACCUCAGCUUCCUGUGUCUUGCAAAGAGGCUCUCCUUAUAAAUACUCCACAUUCAAAAACUGAAGGGGAAACCAGAGACCUUCUCUAAUGAAGCUGCUGUGUGUAUUUAUGAAUAUUAAUGAAUAAAAAGUGCUUGGAUGGUUUACCAUAACUACUGCAUGAGGUUAUUUGCAGCGUGCAUGAUUUUUAAUGACCUUGUCAUUAAAAAGGCAAAAUAUCCCAAAGGUUUCUUUAACUUUUUUUCUUUUCAAGUGUUACUUGAACAGAAAUGGGUUGUCGAGUGAAAUAUCUCAAAUUUUAGUUUUUGUUUUUUAGUUUACUUUUUUGUUAAAUACAGAGAUCAAAAGCAAAAUUGGAAGAACAAAAACAGCAAUCCACUUUGUCACUCAACUCCAAUUUGCCCCUCCUCAUCUGCGACACUAUAGGAUGUUCAAACAAAUGGUCUGCCCUGAUUUGCCGAGGCAAAUUUACUCAAAGCAGUGGUUCUCAACUGGUGAGUUGCCGGUCGGUUCCGAAAGGGUCGAAAAAAUUCUAAAUGCAUAUAAGAAACUGCAUUUUAUAAUAUAUAAUCGUGCAUUGUUAGGAUAGCAAAAUGAAUGGGCUUAGCAACACUGUUAUAAGGUAGGAGUAAACCGUUCCCAUUCCUUUUGUUGCUGGUGUCAAAAGGAUUGUGUCCAGGUCAGGUUUUUUUGUUUUGUUUUCCAUAUUUAGACAGUAUGUUAGCCUCAGUCACCAUUCACUGUCAUUGCAUUUUUUUUUCAUAGAUACAAAGAAAACAAAUUGUGACUGAGGCUAACAUACUGCCUAGCACUUCUUUUUGUGUUUCACAGCAGAAGAAAAAAAUCACAGAUUUGGAACAAUAAUAAUGGUAUGAGUUUCUUAUUAUAUUUUCUGAAAUAGUUUUGAGUUCCCUCCCACAAAUGUUUGCAUUCCCUCACAAUUAUUUGGGUUCCCUUGAAAUGCUUUUAUCCAUCUUUUAUGAAAAUAUAAUUGAACUGUAGUAUUUGUAGUAAAACCAUAGUAAAAACAAAAUGUACCAUUGUUGUACUACAGUAACUACAGUUGUACUAUGGUACAUCAUAUUUGUAGUAAAACCAUAAUUGAUGUAAAAUGUACUAUGGUUUUACUACAGUAGCUGUUGUUUAAUGGUGGUAUUUUUAUUAAAACCAUAAAAAUAUUUACAUAGGUUUUUAAUGAAGUAACCUAUAGUUGAACUAUGGUAUUUAUAGUACAAUCACAAUAACCACCAAAUGUACUAUGGUUUUACUACAGUAACUAUACAUGUUAUUUAAAGUAAAACAAUAGGAAACACAAAAUGUACUAUGGUAUUACUGCAGUAGCUCUUGUUCAACUUUUGUUCUACAACAUUAAUUAUAUUUCCACCAUGAUAUUCAUGGGAAAUCUAGUAAUAAUACAGGAAAACCAAAACGAUGGUAAUUCUUAAACUUUCUGCCAAAAAAAAAUAUAUAUAUAUAGUAACACCAUGGCUAAUUUGUGGUGCAUGUACCAUGGGUUUUAAAACCAUUUUUCUAACCACAAAAAUGUCUAAUGCAGGUUUUCUAUAAUUGUGUGUGUGUGACUAUUGUAACCAUUUAAUUUUAUUUUGGCAGAAAGAUUGAUUUUUAUUACCAUUGUUUUGGUUUUCCUCUAUUAUUAAUAUGGUUUUGUUCAACUAUGGUUACUGUAGUAAAACCAUGGUUAUUUUUUGUAAAGGAUGGAUAGCUUUUGCAAGAGAACCCAAAAUAAUUUCGAGGGAAUGCAAAACUAUUGCCUGUGACCAGAAAUCUUAUUGCAAGAGAAUGCAAAAUAAAUAAAGGGUGAGUAAAUAAUGACAGAAUUAUGUUUGUGUGAACUAGUCCUUUAAAUAUAGGUUAUGUUAUGGUACUGUGUUGGUUUGACAAUAUAACUAUACAAAUGGGUCCUGAAGUAAAUCCAGUUGAGAAGUACUGCCUUAAAGAAUGUUUUGUUGCCUACGAGAAUAAAAACAAAGAAUAUACAGGUGUCGACAAAAAGAUUUAUACCAUUUUAACUAGACGUUGAUGUCUUGGUGUCUGUGUAACCACCAGAUGUACUCUCAAACAGUAUCUUAUGCACCUGUACAGACAAGUUAGACUUGCCAUUGUCAUCUUGCUCUACUCUUCACAUAUCUGCUUUUAGCGUGCUUGGAAAGCCCUCUUUUACGCCAGCUUCCUUUCUCUUCGUUGGUAAAUGAGGGUGCAAGUCUUGCCACGUUUGCAUUUUUUUUUUUUUUUUUUUUUUUACUUUUCAAAAGAGUGACAUGCUAAAUUCCUCGCUCAUAGACAGCACCUUCUAUUUAUUCAGUUUUUUUUUUUUUAUCUCUCUUUGAUUCUUUGAAGCCUUGUGAUUGAUCAUGCCACCUCCAUGCCUAUACUCUUAUACUCUAUGUAAAAUACAAUGAGAUGUAUAUGGAAUUUGUGCGUUAACUUUCAUAAUGGAAUCUAGGACAUGGGCAUACUUUCUUUUUUUAAUGUAAUUUAGAAUACUACAAUAAAAACAUUGCACAGCUUUUGA